AUGGCACCAGAAACGCAAAUGAAAUUCGAUGCGAAAAAUGAUGUGGGAUUGAAACGAUUGGGGUUCUUGAUGAAGGGGUGGAAGGAUAGUAGGGAGGGGUAUAUUGGAUGGGGUCACGAUCUCCUACCUUCGCUCUCGCUUUCUACAGAUGCGGAACAUCAUUCGGAAAAUGUGACGACGUUUGUUUUUAAACCGACGGUGCAUCAUUGCAACGCAAACUCCACCGUCCACGGCGGCUGCAUCGCAACCGUCUUCGAUGCCUGCACAUCCGUUGCACUCAUGGGUCGCUACAGCGCUCAGAAAUGGGGCGGUGGUGGAGUGAGUAGAGGAUUAGGAUGUACUUAUUUAAAGGGAAUUACCAUCCAUGAGGAAUCUGAAGGAGAGGGAAAGAAUGAUGUAUUGGUUGAGUGUGAAGUUGUGGGGGGAUUGGGGAAGAGAAACGUGGUUUUGAGAGGAACCAUGAAACGCAGAACCGGAGAAGUACUAGCCAUUUGCGAACAUAGUAAAGUGAAUAUUGUGGGUGUGGAAUUCCCCGGUUCUAGUUCGAAGGAGAAGAAAGAGGGAAAGGGAAAAGAGUCGAAGUUGUAG